CUCAUCCCUCUCUCAUUCCAUCAGCUGAUGCCGUCCUCUGCUGUCACUCGCUCUCUUUUCCUGCCAGCUGUUCAUCAUCAUCACCAUCACCACCGUCUUUUUCACUUUCCUCCUUCGACUUUUAACUCCGGCUCUUCCCUCUUUCUGGAUCCGGGUGAGAUUAUGAAGCGGCGCCAUGGGUUUCAUGGAAUUCUACCUGGAGAUUGACCCGGUCACCCUGAACCUCAUCAUCCUGGUCGCCAGCUAUGUCAUCCUGCUCCUCGUCUUCCUCAUCUCCUGCAUCCUGUACGACUGCCGAGGCAAAGACCCGACCAAGGAGUACGCCCCGGACAACACGCCGGCGCCGCCCAGCCAGUCGCCCAUCCGCCUGGUGGUCAUGCAGAACUCGCCGGCCUCCUCCCGCUACGAGCCCAACAACACGGCGGGACACAGCGAGCUGCCGACUCCGGACCUGAGCCGGGACCGAGGGGAGAGGGAACGGGAGAGGGAACGAGAGAGGGAACGAGAGAGGGAACGAGAGAGGGAGAAGAGGAGCACUCUGGUCUGAGGAAGAGGAAGAGGAAGAGGAAGAGGAAGAGGAAGAGGAAGGCCCACGCUGACAACCAGGAAGUGCUGUUAAAUGGCUCUGAGCAGCGUUUUUAAACUUUUAAUGUCCCUGGAUGCUGUUGAUGAGCGGCUGAGGAGUCAGGAGGGUCUGCAGACCUCAGGAUCCCCGUGACUCCCCAACACUGGUCCUCCAUCCGCCUGCAGCUCCUCCACGAGUCUGAACAUCCGUCUGAAGACCAGCGAGGAGCCAACAUGUCCGACCGGCUGCAUCUCAACCAACGUUUAUCCUUCUACCGUGGAAAAGCUCGACUUUGACCCGACGCAGAAACCUGGAUCCGUGUGUUAAGACUUCAGAUUACGACUGAUCUGGAGGCGACGUCAACUUUUAUCCGAUGUUUGGUUGCAGCGCCCUCAGUGUUCCCAGACCAGUCCACGUAAAUAAAGCCUCCAUGAAGUCUCCUCCCAGCUGGUCUGACCACACCUCCUCAAACUGAACCUUUUUAACCAGCUCAUGAACAUCUGAUGGGAAAGUAAAUAAACAGAAAAAUCUCUCCACUUCCUCCAAACUGAGGCUGAACAGAGUCUUUGGUUCACUCUGCUCUUCCUGCACCAGACACUAAGAAAUGGUGGAUUAUACACUUACAUGAAGCUCCGUCAUGGACUCAGAUGGUUCAUGGUUCAGUCUCCCUGUCAAUCAUCAUGAUGUCACAUCCUGGUUUUAUAGCGUAAAAUAACUAAAACUUGAACUGUAUUAACUACCUAAAAUGACAGAAAUCAUAUCUGAAUAAAAUGUAUUUUAGCGUUUUAGUUGGGGCCAAGUCCCGCCCACUAACGUGGAGGGGGCGGGGCUUAUGUCACCUGUAUUGGAACCAGGGGCUGUGACUCCAAUGUGACGUGAAUGAGGCUGAUUCAGUCAAAGGUUUUAUCUUGGAAGAUGAAUUUGUUGACAGGUUGAGUCUGUUAGUCUGAAGGGAUUUAGUUUAUUUUUUAGAAAUAUGUUCACAAACCGACCUCUGGUUCAGUCCUUAGCGUAACUGAAGCUAUUUGUUCAUGUCGGCUGAAGAAAACGAGAACGUCUGAAGUAGAAAAACUGUUUCUGCAGCUUUGCAACAAAAAACAAGAAAACAUGAGAUAAAUGUCCAGAUUCAGGUUCAUCACGUUCCUUCAGGACAAACACACACAAAAAAUAAACUCUCAAUGAAAUGUAUGAUACUUGGUUCGGAAGAGUUUUAGAGUUUCACAGCUUUUUCCAUGGGAUUAAUUAAAGAGUCGGUUCUUUGUUCUUGAAUCAACACAAACACCUGCAGCCAGAUGAGUCUGACAUUAAACGUAGCACAUUACCACCGCUGUAGUUUAGAGGUUGUUUUAUGGGGGGGGGGGGUUAAAGGGUUGAGGGUUUGAAUCCUGAAACGUGUGUUUGCUCAUAGAACUGCUGAUAAAUCACCUCAGCAACAAAAUAAAAUGACCAACUGGUCUAAUCCCUCUUCCUUCCUGAAACGAUAAAAUCCUCCCCGACCAAAAAGACUCGCGACCCCCCCCCCCCUCCCCCGUCCCC